GAUACCCUAAUUUACGGACUGCCCACUCCCUCCACCAUCGAUGUCGCUCACGACCCCACUUGUGGUGAAGGCCGAAGCGGCGGAGGAGCGCCCCACGGCGCGGCCGUCGGUGGUAGCCGGAGGCGGCAGCAGCGGAGUGUGCGCACCUUCGGAUUUGAUAGAACUCAGCAGUAGCGACUCCGAUACCGACGGCGAGGGCGGCGGCGGCGGCAGCGCGAAGAGAGCGCGCGGGGCGGCAGGUGACAGCGCUGCGGGAAAGCGGGCUAGGGUUUCUGCGGCAGCGGCAGCGGAUGUACCCCCUGGUUUCCUUGAUCCGCUUCCCACCUCGUCGCAGCUGCCGUCGAGAAGCGCGACGAAGCAGUUUUGGAAGGCCGGGGACUACGACGGGAAGCCGCUCGGGAAUCGGGAGCCGCAGCCGUCUGUUUCUUCUGGAUUGGAACAUGUCCGGGUACAUCCUAAAUUUUUGCACUCAAAUGCGACAAGCCACAAGUGGGCUCUAGGGGCUUUGGCUGAGCUUCUGGACAACUCGCUUGAUGAAGUUAUAAAUGGAGCUACUGUUGUGAACAUUGACAUGUUGGAGAAUAGGAAAGAUAAAACAAGAAUGCUCCUUGUUCAAGAUAAUGGUGGUGGAAUGGACCCAGAUAAAAUGCGGCAGUGCAUGUCCUUGGGUUAUUCAGCCAAGAGCCAAGUCGCCAGUACAAUUGGACAAUAUGGAAAUGGCUUCAAGACAAGUACAAUGCGACUUGGUGCUGAUGUUCUCGUUUUCUCUCGUAGUCACGGAAAAGAAGGCAAAAGGCCUACACAAAGCAUUGGCAUGCUAUCAUAUACCUUUCUGAGAAGCACUGGUAAAGAGGAUAUUGUCGUUCCAAUGAUUGAUUAUGAAAAAGAUGAUCAAAAGUGGAUAAGAAAGCUGCGGACUACAUUGACUGAUUGGAAUACAAGCCUGCGGACUAUCAUUUCGUGGUCUCCUUAUACGAGUGAAGCAGAACUUCUUGAACAGUUUAGUUCUAUAAAGGAACAGGGGACUCGAGUUAUCAUUUACAAUCUUUGGGAAGAUGACCAAGGAGAUUUGGAGCUUGAUUUUGAUACAGAUGUAAAUGAUAUUCAAAUCAGAGGUGGUAAUCGUGAUGAGAAAAGUAUACAGAUGGCUAAGCAGUUUCCAAACUCCAAGCAUUUCCUCACAUACAGGCAUUCGUUGAGGAGUUAUGCAUCUAUUUUGUAUCUUCGAGUUCCAGAUGCUUUCCAAAUGAUUUUACGUGGAAAAGAGAUCGAGCACCAUAAUAUUGUGACUGACAUGAUGCUGAAGAAAGAGGUCACAUACAGGCCGGUUGCAACUAAUGGAGUUCCAAAGGAUUCAAAUAUGGUAGCUGAUGUGACAAUUGGCUUCGUAAAAGAUGCAAAACAUCAUGUUGACGUUCAAGGCUUUAAUGUAUAUCACAAGAACCGCCUGAUCAAGCCUUUCUGGAGAGUGUGGACUGCCGCUGGAAGUGGUGGGCGUGGUGUCAUAGGUGUGCUUGAAGCCAACUUCAUAGAGCCAGCUCAUGACAAGCAGGACUUUGAGCGCACAACUCUUCUAUCAAGACUUGAAGCGCGAUUAGUUCAAAUGCAGAAGGAUUACUGGUCAGGAAAUGCUCAUCGGAUCGGAUAUGUUGGGGCACGCUCUUUCAGAAGCUCUGAGACAGGAGGAGAGAACUCUCCUGAAGUCUCCCCAGGUGUGCAGCUGUCACCCCACCAUUCUUCGAAAGAUUAUGCAAAACCAAAACAGCGCCAUGCUGGUAAAUCGUAUUCUGGCACGAGUAAAAAGAGUGGGAGAGCAAGCACACUGUUUAGUAUUCAGCAGGCUGAGAAAUCUGCAAGAACUAAGCGGUCCGAGAGAUCAAUACUUCAUGGUCUAUCAGACACAAGUGAUGACAGUGAUUCUGAGUUCAUGCACACGCCGUCUCUGGGUUCAAGAUCUCAUACCCUUAAUGGAAAUAGAAAAUAUUUCCACAAUGGGAGUACUAGUUUGGCAACACCUCCGACCAAUGGAUCAAUAGAAAAAGAGAGCAGAACCAAAUCCCAGAUGGUGGAACCAAAUGCAAGAAGUAAUGGUGAUGAACACACAACCAUCGAUGAUUAUGGAACUAUUAUCAAGCAACUGAGGGAUGAAAACUCAUCAUUAAAGGAAAAGUUAUUGAGCAUGGAAGAAUCAAGAUUACAGGAGCUGGUUAUCGAACAGGACAAGAGCAAGUCUUUGACUGAGAGGGUGGAGGAUUUGCAGAGACAACUUGAAACUGCAAACAAGGAGCAAGAAGCGUUGAUCGACAUCUUCUCAGAAGAAAGAUCUCGGCGAGACGAAGAAGAGGAAAACCUAAGGGAGAAGCUGAAGGAAGCAUCUUCCACCAUACAGGAGUUGCUGGAGAAAUUGAACGCUGCCAAGCAAGGUCGAAAGGUGUGAGAGAAUUAGGAACUAGAGCGACUGUUUCAUGUUUUCACGCCCUUGGACUGUUGCCAUUGCAACUCUGUAGCUUGUGUUAGCGGCCACUGGCCAUCGGUUCUUUGAUUAGAGUAGAGGGGUAAGUUGCAUCAUUGUCGUUGCAGUCUCCCAGAUAAGCUGCGAGCAAUCUGUGUACAUAGCCACGAGAUCCAAUAAAGACGACAGCGGCUCUUUCUGCUUGGAGCACGUGAUGACAAUCCGUUUUCACCGUAGCUUACUCUUGCUGAGAUCUAAAAAAUAUAUCACAUGCCGAUAUGUUUUGACGAAACUUUCUUGGCAAAAAUUACCAGGAGGUUAUGAUCACUUAUUUGCCGGAUUACAUUAUGUAAAUGUGGUUCCCAUGUUAAAUUAUCAGUUGGUUACCAGUA